CUAGCCUGCACUCCACCACACGACCAACUCCUCAAUUAGGAAAGCUAGCUACAUCCCCAGAAAUAUCUGGCACUUUUGUCCUCGCCCUUCUGAUUAUUAUUUGCUCUUCUUCACUCCGCAGAGAGACAGCAAACUGAUAAGCACCUCUAUUCGCAAAAAUCCCGGCCGUAUUAUCCUUGCAAAACAACCUGGGGCGCUGCCCGCACUUUGGAUUGCAUCGAUUGCUUCCAGUUCACACCUCUCUCUCACCUACAUAGUACAUCCGGUCAAAAACCUCUUGUUCUCAUACAAAACAGAUAACCGGUACUCUAGUUAUUAGUUACAAGAAAUUCCUGGACAGAGCAUACGCCUCUUCUCAACUCCUCAGGUCAGUUUAUGACGUCGCCCCGCGAAUCAUUUAGGUAGCAAGCCCAACUUUCACUGUGCACAACUUCGCUCUAGCACAACCCCUUUUCAAACCGAGUCAAACUGCUCACAUACUUUCCGCUUGCGCUGCUUGAUAUCAUACUAACUCAAGGUAGCUCCUCCGUUGCGUCUUCGAUACCCCCAAACUCUCAAAUUUACGAGCAUGCGACAGCAUAAAAUGGCGAUCCAAUCAGGACCUGCUACCCAAGCGGGAACUGUUCGAUUCAUUCCUUUGAGCUACAACCAAAGCGAUUCACAGACUUCAGCUUUACGCUUAGUACUGACCCUCCGACCCGAAUGGGAGCAUACCGAUGGCAAGAUUGAGUUUGUCAGGUUCACGGAUGGAAUCACGAAUACAUUGCUGAAAGUGGUGAACAAGAAGCCUGGUCUAUCGUCGGAAGAAAUUGAUAAUGAAGCAGUUCUACUUAGAGCAUAUGGACAAGGGACGGAUCUUAUAAUUGAUCGAGAACGAGAAACCCAAAAUCACGAACUCCUUAUGCGACACAAGCUUGCCCCUGAAUUGCUGGCUCGAUUUCACAAUGGGAUGCUUUAUCGGUUCAUUCGAGGUGCUGUGACAUCCCCUGCGGAUCUCCGACGACAAGAAAUCUGGAGAGCUGUAGCAACGAGACUGGCAGAGUGGCACGCGGUCGUCCCUUGUCUCCCUUCAUCUCGAGAAGCUUUGGCAACGGAAGUCAAUGGAGGCCAAGAAAUAGGAGUUCCGGCUCCGACCCCAAGUAAGAAAGAUCCAGCAUUGCAGGCAGCUAUUGACAAUAUCGCUCCCGGGAAACCCGCUCCAAAUGUAUGGACUGUCAUGCAGAAAUGGAUCUAUGCUCUUCCUUCAUCGACAGACGCGCAAAUCUCUCGACAAGCAAAUUUACAAAAGGAAUUAACCCGUCUGGUCAAGGAAUUCAGUAACCGCCCUGGUUUAGGUACAGAUAGCGUGAGUUUCUUCCUAUCAAUACACAUACAUGCCACAAUUGCCAUUGAGUGAUUUCAGUCCCUACCACAGAUAAAGCCUCGGCCUGACCAUUGGUGAUGUGAACGAAUUUCCGUACUGACAUGUGCCAGCUUGUCUUUGCCCAUUGCGACUUAUUGAGUGGUAAUGUAAUUGUACAACCAAAAUCUUCAGGUAUCACAGCAGCUGGUGAGCCAAAAGAGAUAGUCGGUUUCAUCGAUUACGAGUACGCAACACCAUCGCCCGCUGCAUUCGACAUUGCAAAUCACUUUGCCGAAUGGGGAGGAUUUGAUUGCGAACAUCAACUCUUGCCAACCAAAUCCCAAAGGAAAGACUUCAUCCGGGAAUACAUUCGAAGUUACUUUUCCUUCCAACGCGACAACACCGGUGUAGAUGAGGAAGCCGAAAUCCAAAAGCUCUUUGACGAAGUAGAUGUCUGGCGUGGAAUUCCUGGUUUUUAUUGGGGUAUUUGGGCCUUGAUUCAAGCCACUAUUUCCCAAAUCGACUUUGACUAUGCAUCGUAUGCAGAGGUCCGACUUGGCGAGUAUUGGUCUUGGCGCGCAGAUUGUGAUGGAUCUCGUGCUGCGGCAGGAAAGGAGCUUCCAGUGAGGGAAAAACGAUGGGCGGAGGAGUGAUUGGGAACGAUGAUCACAUCUCCGCGGAAUAUGUAGUUGGAUUUGACUUUUGCGCAUAGCGAUGAUAUACACCCUUUUUUGCCUGCGUGCUUUCGGUUUCUUUCUGGGACCCUCUUUGGCUUCAACGCUGAUGGGAAAAUGGGAUAGAUGGGAGGGAGUCCUUUUUUCUGGACAAAGAAAAGUACAG